CGCGAUUACAAAGCCAGUAUGGAGUAUCUCAUGCAGCUUUCGACUGCCUGCUAAAUCGUGCAACAAGAAAGAAAGAAACGUCACGACUCUUUGUUUUCAUUGAUCUAUUUGUCAAUUAACCGCGACAGAAGUGUCACGUGAAACACGAGCCAUGAUAGCAGUUUCCAAACAUGUCGUAGACAAAGUUUGAAUCGAUAAAACGUUCGAUUAGAUUUGCAGAAACAUUGACCGAUAACACCUGUCAUUAUUAAAAAUAAAUUGUCAGUGUUGACAAUCAAAGUUACCACGCGAAUCUCGUGUUCCCUGACAGUGUGCGGUCCGCAAAAUCAAGGACUAGGCUGGUCACUGGAAUGACAACCAACAUGACAUCACAGGAGCAGUUGAUGAAAGGCACAGUGCAAUCGCAACUUGCCAGAAUAAAAAAAGAGGAAGAGGAAGAAGAGCUAUGGAUAUCUGGAGAGGAACUAUACACGGAAGGCAGCAGCGAUGAGGAAGAGUGCACAACACAAUCAACAAUGCGUCGUAAAACGAACAGCAAUCAAUCGUCACAUGUUUUCUCUACUGAUGUUCAUUCUGUUGAAACCAAAGCAAAAACCUGUUCCACCAGUGUCUCAAAGAGCAACAACAUAGAAGGACAAACACAAAAAGUACCUAAAACACAAACCAAAACCCAAGCAACAGAUACAUCUACCGAUUGGGAUGAAAUAGAUGACACGAAAAUUUCGUGGAAAACAAAAAGAGGUACUUUCGUAUUACCUAGUUCUAGUAAUAAUGCCUAAGAAAAGGCAGAUGUGUGCUGACAGACGUUAAUAUAAUUCAUCGCCGUUAUUAUUAGGUCGUGCCAUAAAUUCGUGACGGUUUCUAUUCCAAUAUUUAUAUAUCUGCGUUUACGACAUGCCUAGAACAUGUACAAAAAGAACACUCUUCUUCGUUAUAUGCAUUUUUUACAUAUUUAUUUCAUUAUAAUCGUCAUAACGUAAAUGUAGAACUGUAUUAGAGUUUUCGUUAGUGGACAAAGAAAAUAUUCAUACACCAGAUAUCGCUGGUAGUUAUAUUUUCCAUUGCAACACUAAAUUAAAAAUUAUAUUAGAUUAUUCAGUGAGAAUAUAAGUUUUCUAUUGAAGUAUAGUGCAAUGAAAAUAAUUUUUAACUUAGUGUUCAUAAUCAGAUAAGUUUGAUUUUUGACUAGAUAUAGAUCGGUGUAUGAAUACUUCUCUUCUUCUACUGUGUGUUCUUGUAAUGUCGACACUUAUAAAUUUUUUACCUAGAAAUCAAUUUUAUACUAUAAAAGAUGAUAAUCAGGGAGUAAAAUGUCGAUGAAGUGUAAUGGGUCCACUGAAAUGUAGCAACUAAAUGUCCAGAAGUUUUACCACACGUUAACGUUAGCGAUAGAAACACUUAUUCUUUGACGGAAUCAACGGAUGCGCGAACUGAAAUGACAGCACGAACUUAAGGGACGACCUAAUCUGUACAUUCUUACAAGGGAGUACAUUCGUGCGAAAGCCACGACUUUCCUUGUCGUGUGAGAAAUAUUUCUCUUAUGUACUUGUGUAAAUUGUUAGUCAAAGAAUAGUCCUUUCAAUGUUCGAUUCGAUCUCGCUUCUGCACAUCUCAGAAUUUCCGCGGGAAUUCAGAUAGAGCAUUUCCUUCGUAAGGUCGCGCGCGACAUUCGGGAGCAGCGGAAGUUAUUUUGUCUUCGUCCUGGCCGCUGCCUCGUGAUUGGUUGUGCCAUGAUAUACGUAGGAAUAGUGGGUCGCCGAAACGCAACGCUACGGAGGAAAUGCUGUACAACGUUGUACAUACAACGCCGUGAAACGUUGUGUACAUGUUUCCAUGUACGCAGGAUAUCUCAAGCGAGAGAAUAAAUGUGUCUGAGACAUCCUGUGUAUUGUUGUACGACUAUGUAUAUGGUUAGAACGGUGAAUAAUGUACGAAAGUACAGAUAUAGACGACACGAUGGUCGCUUUGAAGGAGCUAAGGUCGUUAAAGGAAUUAAGUGAAUUAGACUCGAGAUCCCUAGAGUCAUGUCUCACCGAGGAAUCGUAUGAUAGUGACAAUGAGAAUGAUAUCGAUCAUUCAGAUAGACAAACAAACGCGACAGAGGAGUGCAUAGAGAAAAAGAUUUUAGAGAUGAAAAAUCUUGAUAAUCUUAUGAAGAGAAUGAAUCUCCGAGUAAAGGUGAAUAUCCCUUCGUUAUAUGUUAUUAGAACAACUUUUGAACAUGUAUAAAUCAUACCACAGAAAGCAAGAGAAGAUACAUUGAUUUGUCAAUGUGAUAAUCGAAAGAGGCUGAAAAACAUUUUAUCAGCCGCCAGUCCAUCUGAAAAUGGUAAACUAGCUGAGAAUACACAGCUGUUUCUUCAAUUGUGUCCGACAUAUAUAACACUUAGCGCAGGUAUGACAAUAAAAAAUGAUAUGCAAAUAAAACAAA